CUCCUUUGUGAACAGAACGCAUGGCCCAGACCACGCCUGGCUUCAAUAUCACCCACACACCAGAAGCCUUCCAAUGGCUAGAAUGCUAUAAAACUUUGCAAUGUACUUCCAUAGUCUUUCCUAUAGCACCUCAUAGACGACCCUCAGCGAAACGCGUUGUUUACCUGGCACUUGAUAACAGAUGGACGACACAACGACCCAGAAUCCAUCAUCCCCCUCUGAUAUACUGCCCUUCGAUAACCUCCACAACGACAAGAUCGAUACAAGCUCUGAGUCUUUGAAGUUCAGCCAAGGUCUUGCGGGCGUCGAUCAGACCACGAACUACAUGUUCGUUAAUAUCCUCAUUAUAACUGCCCUGUUCCCGAUCCUGAUCGCUCUGUGCUUUCGUGUUUUUGUUGCAGCGAGAAACGAUCGCCGACGAAUCUCAGCGAUCGCUUCAUGUAGGGGUCAAGAACUUUGGGUAAGGGAUCGUUAUGUGUACUGGGGAGCACUCAAGCGGCACUUUCUUUAUGCGCCAGUCGGGCCUACGAAAUGUCGACAACCAGCGAAAGGCUCUACAGCUGGUACGACAUCAGCCCCCUUACCCACUCGCGUCCAUUCUUUGGUAAUUGUCGUCUAUAUCCUCAGCAACAUGGCGUAUUGCCUGGUCGUCUCCGUACGUUCACGUCCCCAGAUGGUGGCCGAAUUUCGCGGCCGGUGUGGAACUCUUGCGACAUUCAAUCUUAUAUUCGCUGUUCUCUUUGCUCUUCGGAACAACCCUUUGAUAAACCUCCUCCAUGUCAGCUACGAUACUUUCAACCUUUUCCAUCGAUGGACGGCGCGACUUGUUGUGGUAGAGGCUACUGCUCAUGCCGCUGCUUUCCUGUACAACACAUAUCGGGCAACCCAUGAUGGGAAGAGUGGCUGGCAUAGCGUGGGUUGGCUUCUAAAACAAUCGUUGUCGUAUCAGUGCGGUCUUGCAGCUUUUGUUGCAUUUUUGUUUCUCAUUAUUCAUUCCAUCGGCCCUAUUAGACGCUCUUUUUACGAGACAUUCCUCUCUUUACACCGCAUCGGCCUCGCAGUCGCGGUAUCCGGUGUGUACUUCCAUUUGGCGAAGCAUGCUUUGCCACAACUGCCCUGGGUGUAUCUGGUUAUCAUUUUCCUAUCACUAGAGCCCUCGAUCCGCAUCGUUCGCAUACUACGUUACAACUUUUCAUGGAAAGAGAAGAAGUGGACCCUUGUGGGCCUGGAAAGAUUACCUGGUGAGGCAACGCGUGUCACCUUUACACUUCCCCACUCGUGGAACGCCAACCCUGGAUCACACGUUCAGAUCUACAUGCCGAGAAUAGCACUAAUGGGGUCACACCCGUUCUCAGUGGCUUGGUCCCAAUCGUCCGGAGACGCGAAUGCUUUGGCGGAAAAGGCACCCUUCAGCAUCGACGACCUUGACUCGGAAAGCGGGCCUAGCACCAUUUCGUGUGUUAUUCGCUCACGCCAAGGAAUGACAAGUUCCCUUUACAAGCUGGCGGCGAGAUACCAAGACGCUCAGGUGCACCUGUGGGGAGCGAUCGAGGGGCCAUAUGGUGGCUAUCAUUCUCUCGACUCGUAUGGCACUGUUGUCCUCUUUGCUGGAGGAGUAGGAAUCACACACCAGCUGUCUUUCGUCCGACAUUUACUGAACGCGCACAACAGCAACAUUGCCGCUACACAGAAGAUUUCCUUAGUCUGGUGCAUAGCCAGCCUCGAUGCGCUGGAAUGGGUGCGGUCGUGGCUUGAUGAAAUCGCGGCUAUACAGCACUUUCGCGAAGUUGUGAGCAUACGGCUCUACAUUUCCAGGAUGGUCUCCUUCGAGUUUGAAGGUCGGUCUAUACCGGCGUACCUCGAAGUGAGACUGCAACGGUGCGAGGUACAGAGUGUACUGGAUGGCGAGGUACUUGCACAGAUUGGUGCUAUGGCGGUUUCAGUGUGUGGGCCAAGAGGCUUCAGUGACAGCGUUAGGGCAGCUGUCAGACGUAGGGUGAGCGUACGGAGCAUUGACCUUUUUGAGGAGGCGUUCUCGUACUGACCGACACCUUCGGUGGGAUGGUAAUCUAUCGCCAUGGCAAAUUCAACAAGGCACGUGUACUCGUAGACUAUACUCGGCUCGUUUGCCCGAGUUGAUCUAAACAAGGCACUACUACAGUACGACAUCAUUGCGACGCUUGUUGGUCCAAGUGCUCGUAGUAACGCCAGAGUGGCACCAUACCCGGCCGGGCCUAAGGUAAGUGUGUACCGUCGGAAUAUGACGCCACAUAAGCUCGUCUUUCGGUUGGAAACUUGGCCACUAAAAUCAGGAGUCUCUUCUAAUACCGUACGU